CUUUCCUCCUCUCUUCAAUAUUAUAUUUUGUAGUUUAUAUUUCAAUAUGGUAUCAGAGACAUCCAUUUCAGUUUAGUUUCAGAUUUCAGUUUAGUCAUUCAUAUCUCAGUUUAGUUUCCAGACUGGGUUCUUUCUCCAAGAGCUGAUUUCAUUCCACAACCUUCAGAACCUCUUCCCAAACCAUGAGUUAACUCCAGAACAUUACACACCCUUCUGUCUCCAAGAAACUCACUUCUACAGAACCUCUAUCCAGACUCUUAUUCCAGAACAUCAAAAGACCCUAGAACCAGAUUCUUAAUCCAGAAAAUCAAUUAGCUGCUACUUUCCAGAAAAUCAAUUAGCUGCUAAUUUCUCACAAACUCAAUUCAGUUAACUUUAUAGCCCAAGAUUCUUUAGGCCAGAAUUUGAGUCACAACCAUACUCAGGAGGUGCGCCUACCUUAGACGACCCAGCAGCCGAAAUCUGACACCCAACUGGAAGGAGAGCGUGCUACACGCGCCACCACAAGUUUGACGCGUGACACCUCUUCUCUGGCCGGAGAUUUGAUCGGAACCCUUCAACAAGCUCGGUCCUCUACCAUCAGGUUAUGUUACUUCACUCUCGCUCUUUCUCUACAAAGGGACAAUAGCUGAGGGAGGAAGUGUAGUGGUUGGUCGCUCGCCGGGGUCUGGCAUCGAAGUAUCCAGACAUACGCACGCUAGGUCUGGCAUCGAAUAUUUGUGGACAUACGCAUAUGUCAUUUAUUCGUUUAUACGUCGCUGGGGGAUACGCAGGCUCUUUCGUUUAUUCCUUGGGCGUCUGGAAUCGGACUUCUGUCUGAGUCAAAGCUCAAGUAAAUUGGAACAUUUAUUCUCCAAGGUCCAGUCCACAAAUGGGCUGUCAGGAGUAGUAUGCAAUUACUGCAAGAAGCCCGGGCACUUGAUUACAGAAUGCAGAAAAUUGCUGUUCAAAAAUCAAGGAAAUCAGCUAGCUCAUGUUGCUUCCGCUCCCAGUUCAUCUGAUGGAUCAAUUGCCAUUUCUUCAGACGAGUACGCCAAAUUUAUUUGCUACCAAGAAUCUCUAAAGCAUUCCUCUGUCCCUACUUCGGUAAUUGCUAAUUCAAGUAUUUCAAACACAUGUCUUGUUUCAUCAUCCUCGAAAUGGGUCAUUGACUCAGGUGCCACAGAUCAUAUGACCGGAUAUGUUAACGAAGCAGAUUAUUGGUAAAGGACAUGAGUCAACUGGUCUUUAUAUUUUGGAUACAUCCAUCACAAAAAGUAUCUCUUGUCUUGGGGUUGGGACUUUGUUAGAUGCUCAUUACCGAUUAGGACAUCCAUCUCUCUCAUUAAUGAAGCAAAUAAAUCCCCAAUUUAAUAAGAUGACCUCUUUACAAUGUGAGUCAUGUCAAUUUGCGAAACACCAUCGUACUAGCUUAAGCUCGCGAGUUAAUAAAUGAGCAAAUGCUCCAUUUGACCUUGUUCACUCUAAUGUUUGGGGUGCUGCCGGUUGUUUCUAAAGCUGGUUUUAAAUAUUUUGUUACCUUUGUUGAUGACUAUUCUCGUAUGACAUGGUUGUAUUUCAUGAAACGUCGAUCUGAGUUGUUCACUCAUUUUUCUUCCUUUUGUGCUGAAAUUAAAACUCAGUUCAACAUUCCUGUUCGGGGUGUUAAGAGGAGACAAUGCCUAGGAAUAUCUAUCUGCUACAUUUAAGUCAUUUAUGCUUCAACAUGGCAUUAUUCAUCAAACUUCAUGCAUUGACACACCUCCUCAAAAUGGAGUUGCAGAACGAAAGAAUCGACAUCUAUUAGAAACUGCAAGGGCUCUUCUAUUCCAAAUGAAUGUGCCUAAACAGUUUUGGGCAGAUGCCGUGUCUACUGCAUGUUUUUUGAUAAAUUGAAUGCCAUCUUCUGUUUUGAAUGGUAAAGCUCCUUAUCAUUGUCUAUUUCCAAACAAAGAGCUUUUUCCUAUCCCACCUAAAAUAUUUGGUUGCACUUGUUUUGUUAGAGAUGUUAAUCCUCAUCUUACAAAGUUAGAUCCCAAAUCAUUAAAAUGUAUUUUCUUGGGUUAUUCUCGAGUCCAAAAGGGGUAUAUAUGUUUUUGUCUGAGUACUGGUCGGUAUCUUGUUUCUAUUGAUGCAUCAUUUCAUGAAAAUACACCUUUUUCAUCAUCUAAGCCAGAUAUUCAUGAGUAAUGAUGAUAUACUCAUUUACACGAUGACUAUUUCUGAGUCCACACUUUCAACAAAUAUUCCACAAGUAACUGUUCCUGACCCUAGGCCUCCCGUACAUUUGGUAUACACCCGUCGACACAAAGCACCUGAUCACCCUCCACCGGCGAUACCUAUGAUUACUUAUCCUGAUACUAGUUCAACUCUGAUCUCAUGUCCUGAACCAGUACCCGCAUCUUCAGAUCUUGUCUCUACAUCAGAUCUUGACCUCCCAAUCGCACUACGUAAAGGGAAGAAAUCUAUUGGAUGUAAGUGGGUCUUUGCUGUUAAGGUAAACCCAGACGGAUCUGUUGCUCGGUUGAAAGCCCGAUUAGUUGCGAAGGGUUAUGCUCAAACCUAUGGUGUUGAUUAUUCUGACACUUUUUCUCCUGUUGCUAAAUUAACAUCUGUCAGGUUACUUAUUUCACUCGCUGCAACUCACGAUUGGCACUUACAUCAGUUGGACAUUAAAAAUGCAUUUUUGCAUGCUGACCUUAAGGAAGAAGUCUAUAUUGAGCAACCUCCGGGAUUUGUUGCUCAGGGGGAGUAUGGUAAAGUUUGUCGACUUCGCAAAUCUCUUUAUGGUCUGAAACAGAGUCCUCGUGCAUGGUUUGGAUAAUUCAGUCAAUCAAUUGAACAAUUUGGAAUGAUAAAAGGCAAAUCAGAUCAUUCUGUCUUUUACAAACAAACAGAAUCAGGUGUCACAUUGCUUGUGGUGUAUGUUGAUGAUAUUGUGAUUACAGGGAGUGAUAAUGCAGGUAUUUUGGCCCUUAAGAAUUUUCUGCAUAGUCAAUUCCAGACAAAAGAUCUUGGCUCUUUGAAAUACUUUCUGGGAAUUGAGGUAACA